CCUCGCAGGCAGCUUACUUAUCGACGGCUUAGCGAUGACUAGAGAGAGCGAGCGGGGUCACACCGCGGCGGGCACUGGGGAACAAAGCACUGAGCGGCGGACACUGUAUACAACCCGACUUGUGUACGUACAAUGCAUGCCAACAACAUUUUAGACAUCGUCCGAGUUACACCUAGAAACAGAAAACCGCAAUGGACUCACAAGGAAACUCAGCAUCUCAUCCGGGAAUUCGACAAGCGGAAGCUCUUGCUGAGACCUAAACCCGGUGAAGUUGUGUCGUCUGCUUCCAAACACCGCGCAUGGGUGGAGAUCGCGCAAGCUGUCAACCUCACCAACCCUCACGUACAUAGGACCGUGUCAGAGGUACAAAAGAAAUGGCAAAAUCUUUGUUUACGUACCAAAAAGGAUAAAGAUGGUCUCCCUGUCGACAGUUUAUUCAGUGCAGUGUCGCGGGCAGACCAAGCUAUACUUGAAGAACAGCAGAGUCAGCAUCCACCGGCACUCUCCAUACAGCCACGCCCAUUGCUGAUACAACCGUAUCAAUCUGCUGAAAACAGUGGCGGUAAUGGCACCCACAGCCUGGUGCCUGUCAAGAUCGAGAAAGUGGACUCGGUGGACGAGAUGAUGCGCACAAAUCAUGUGGAUACAGCAGGCGACAGCCGUCCUGAGAGUACCAGAUCACAGUUAAGUUACAAUGACGUGGAAUUUAUCAACCCAACAACACAACCCGAGUACGACAUGUAUGCUACAAGUUCCGGUAUCGUACACGCGGCACACGACCCCGAGGCCGUGGGAUCAGUUCCUACCAUUAUACCGACAUCUGAGUCCCCCAGGGGACAAAAGCGGAAACACGGUAACAUGGACGACACGACGGAUAGUUACAGUUACACUAUAGGUGAUACAGAACUACUAGACGUCAGGAGAAAUUUAAUGAUGGCGGAAAUGCAGAAAUACAAAUUAGAAUGUGAAAAAAUAAGGACCGAGAAGGACAAACUACUUCUUGAAACGGAAAAAAUUAUGAUGGAAAAGGAAAAACUCAUGCUUGAACUUCAAACAUUACGAGCCACGAGUGAAGAAUUUCGUGUAAGCCAGAAUAAGUCAGUGUCACAGCUAGAGAAAGAGAGGAUGUCUUUAGAGAAUGAAAAGUUAGUCCUUGAAAUAGAAAAUAUGCGGAGUUUGCACAAGACAGCCGUGGAGAAAACACAGCUCGAGAAACAGAGAUAUUCCUUAGAAAAUGACAAACUGAAUAUAGAAAUUCAAAACCUCCGCGGAUCGAACAGAACUAGUUCAUACCAGGGGAUGAUGUAAAUGUCUUAAUUGAAGUUUUUUAUUCAAAUUAUACGUUAAAGAUAUCGAUAUUAUAUUCAAACAUUUGUUUUCAUCGAUUACUUGAUAUCAAAAGUUCGUCUAUUGAAACGGGUGUUUUAUAGCAAUCUAAUCAAUGUUGAGUAUUGUUAAUGUCGUAACCUCACAGUAUGACGUCACCUCACAGUAUGACGUCAUCGUUACUCCAAAUGCGUAGUGUCGAUCGGUAAAUGAGAGUGUGUUUCCCCACAAAGUUUUAAGCCUGUCUACAUUAGCUUUAUUCUUAGACCACAACACCAGAUGUCGGACAGCCUAGGUCGUUUACCGAACUCUCUUAAAUGGAGUAAAUCCCGUAUUACAAGUUACUAUAAAACAUUGAAUUUGGGAGAAACCCCAGUUAGGGACUCUAAAUUCCACAAAUAUCUUUUGUCGGGAGUCAGAAGAACGUACAUGAUCGGUUAUUGACAUCCGGUAUAAACAGUAUAAAUGGUGUUUCCCAUACCUAUAUACAAGUAUAUGUAUAUCACCAAGUACGUAUGCAGUCACCUUUGUGAAGAGAAACAGACAUUCUCCUGUCGUAUGAUAAAUAGUUACUGUAUGUAACAUACGGUUACAGGAUGCAAACGAGACGGUAACGAUGGCGCCAUUUGGUGAUACCAGGUACCCAGUACGGGUGUCUUUACUCGUGAUACCAGGUACCCAGUACGAGUGUCUUUACUCGUGAUACCAGGUACCCAGUACGAGUGUCUUUACUCGUGAUACCAGGUACCCGGUACGAGUGUCUUCUUCACUCGUGAUACCAGGUACCCAGUACGGGUGUCUUUACUCGUGAUACCAGGUACCCAGUACGAGUGUCUUUACUCGUGAUACCAGGUACCCAGUACGAGUGUCUUCUUUACUAGUGAUACCAGGUACCCAGUACGGGUGUCUUUACUCGUGAUACCAGGUACCCAGUACGAGUGUCUUCUUCACUCGUGAUACCAGGUACCCAGUGUGGGUGUCUUUACUCGUGAUACCAGGUACCAAGUACGAGUGUCUUUACUCGUGAUACCAGGUACCCAGUACGAGUGUCUUUACUCGUGAUACCAGGUACCCAGUACGAGUAUCUUUACUCGUGAUACCAGGUACCCAGUACGAGUGUCUUUACUCGUGAUACCAGGUACCCAGUACGAGUGUCUUUACUCGUGAUACCAGGUACCCAGUGCGAGUGUCUUUACUCGUGAUACCAGGUACCCAGUACGGGUGUCUUUACUCGUGAUACCAGGUACCCAGUGUGAGUGUCUUUACUCGUGAUACCAGGUACCCAGUACGAGUGUCUUCUUUACUCGUGAUACCAGGUACCCAGUACGAGUGUCUUUACUCGUGAUACCAGGUACCCAGUACGAGUGUCUUUACUCGUGAUACCAGGUACCCAGUACGAGUGUCUUUACUCGUGAUACCAGGUACCCAGUACGAGUGUCUUUACUCGUGAUACCAGGUACCCAGUACGAGUGUCUUUACUCGUGAUACCAGGUACCCAGUACGAGUGUCUUUACUCGUGAUACCAGGUACCCAGUACGGGUGUCUUUACUCGUGAUACCAGGUACCCAGUACGGGUGUCUUUACUCGUGAUACCAGGUACCCAGUACGAGUGUCUUCUUUACUCGUGAUACCAGGUACCCAGUACGAGUGUCUUUACUCGUGAUACCAGGUACCCAGUACGAGUGUCUUUACUCGUGAUACCAGGUACCCAGUACGAGGUGUCUUUACUCGUGAUACCAGACAUGUGUUCAGUUAUUGUAGCAUGUUUCGUCUAUAUUAAAAAUGAUCUGAAUCAAUAUUCGGUUUAUCUUGACACUGAAAUAGUCAGACCUAGUUGUAUGGUGGCUGGGGAAGACAUCGUAAUAAACAAAAAAUAUAUUA